AUGACUGGUGAAGCUGCCUUACAAUUGAUGAUGGCCUAUGAGCAAGGUCAAUUAGACAAUGUUACUUGUAUUGUCUUGCGUAUUGCUAGACCUGCUCGGCGAAUUCCGAUUCUCAUCGGUCAUUGGGAUGACACAGAAGCUAUUGUCUUUCUAACGAUUAUUAACAACUUUGAUACAACUGUAUCGGGUGUGAUCAAAGGUAUUUGGAGUCGGAUUCUUCAACGAACACUUGGUUCGCAAAAUUUUAUACCUUGUUUUCGUCCGUUUGUCCUUCGAUUAGGUUUACUCGGUUAUCAAUGGCCUUUUCGAACAGGUAUCUUCUUCACAGCAAAUCACGAUGACAAUGUAACAUGUGCAACUGAUAUUCUUCAAAGUAUAAUUGAAUGGAACAAAAUGCAAAAGUCAAAUUUACGUUGCGAUGUUCUUCUUUUACCUGCACUUAGUACUGAACCAGUGGCUAGAGCUAUCUAUGAUGCCGGCUUCUUUCCUCUACCUUUACCACCUACUCAUCUGCUCGAUUUACGACCACAUCAUGGUAAGACAUUGGAACAAUAUAUGAAAACGUUAAAAAGAACCAAUCGUCGACGUUAUCUUCAGCAAUUUCUCGAUAAAGGUGGUAUCAUCGAAGAAGUUCACGAUUUGAACAGAGUUGAAGUAGGCACAAUAGUUUGUCAUCAAUGGGAGAAUAUUGCACGAGUUCGGCGACAAAAAAAUGAACCACCGACAUUAGCACGUCCGUCUGCACAAUUUAUUACAGCGAUGGGUCGCGUAAUGACCGAAGCAUAUCGUUCAGUCAUUGUUCUUCGUUUCAAUAAUGAAGUUAUUGCAAGCUCAGUUAUUUUUAAAUUUCCAAAUAAACUUCUGACGACUGAUAUUCACGGACUAACUCAUGAAAAAGCUCGACCUAUGAAAGCGUAUUUUGUUAUGCUUCAAUGGGUAAUUAAAGAAGCACUCGAUAAAAAAUAUGAUUUUGUCGAUUUUGGUCCAACAACACCAGAACCUAAAUUGGAUCUCGGAUGUAUUCAGGUACCUAUGAACGCUGCUGGCUAUUGUGAAAAUCCUAUGAUAGCUUUUGGUAUCAAGAAAUGUGGUGGAUUCGUAGAUACUUUGCAUAUGAAAAAAGAAAAUCAAGAAAAGAACUCUUUUCAAGAAGCAACACAUGAACAUGAAAACUUUGAAGCUCAAGUUAUGGCUAGUGAUCCUACUCAUCAAAUACCCUCUCAAGAUUCUUCAAAAACAAAGCAUUCAAUAUCAGCUAGUUCACAACUGGGUAAUGUGAACCAGUUAAUGUAUAACAAUAAUUCUCUUGAAGAAGUGCUUGACAAUGUAAUAGAAAUAUCCGACAAGCCGGCAACAUAUCUUCCAAAAAAUCAUAAACCAACAAAAAGGAAAAAAACAGUCGAAUCUGACAGCAAUAAUCAAUUCUGUCAGCAUUCACCGAUUAAACACAAUUCCUCAAAAGUUAAAAAUUGCAUGCAAACAACAAAUCAAAACGAUUUUCUUUCAAACGAUGAUGAAGCAGUCAUUGAUGAACUAAAAUCCUAUAAAUCAAUCGAUCAUAUACAAAUCUUUUCCAUAUCUGCCAAUGCGAAUAAACAUGCAACGACUAUAUCUCUUUAUCCACCUGAGAAUCUCAAUCUACCCAAGACAAUCCAUAACAAUGAAACAAAUAAUAGCGAAUUAAUAAGUAAGCCUGCAUCAGAAACAUCAGUCUCGAAAAAGACGACAAUGUCAAAGCAAGAUACAUUUGAAGAUGACGUAAUGAUAAAAUUCUUCGACUAA